UCAUGUAUGCAUGUAUGAAAAAAACAACAACACAAAAACAGCCUGCAACAGUGUUUGGCUGGUAGUUUUAGUCAAGCUUGCUCAUAGUUAUAUUAUUAGUUUAACAUUUGAGUUGGUUUUAUAAUUAUAUUAAAGUGUCAGAUAGUGUAUUUAACUCCUUUUUUUUAGUGCUGCUGCUGCUGUGUGAAGAGGAAAACAACAGGAGGAGAACAUGUUAGUGAGACAUAGUGUGCAUUAAGUAACACAGCUCGACUACACGGCUAUCAAGCAGCCUCGUCUUGUCUUGGUGGAGGAGGAGGAGGUGGUGGAGGUGGUUGUGGUUGCUAAUAGCUUGCCUGACUGCGACACUGGCGAGCUAAAUGUGGCUAAAGCUCACAUAACUGUCUGCAACAAUCAAGCAGCUUCUCCCGUCGUCGUCUGGACAGCUGGAGCCUGGAGCACCGAGAGAGAGAGAGAGACAGAGAGAGAGAGAGAGGGGAGAAAAGAGAGGAGAGUAAAGGUAAGGGCUGCCACUUGAGGACAGUAGGGGCUCUCUAAUGAUCCCCACGUUCAUCCGAUGAACCCCCUCAACUCCAUGAAACCCUCCCUGCCUCCCACUCCACAAAGCAGUGACGGCCCCUUCCUAAAUGACCCAGUCUCCUGGCAACCAGGCACCAAUCAGCACCCAGGAUCUCUCUCUGUAGUAACCACAGUGUGGGGCGUGACCAAUCCCACACACAGCCAGGUGUACUGUGCACCCAUGGGUCCGGGUGAGAGCUCUGGCAGUCAUAUGAUGCCUGGUGGAAGCCCGGGUAUGGGCGGCGGUAUGGGCUCCCAGUUUAUGGGCCAGCAGUCGUAUGGAGACGCCAUGUCGAAAGGAUACGGCCAACCAGUCAUGUACGGCCGGCCCAGCGCUGCUUACAACCCAGCCUCAGCCUACGGUGGAAGUUACUCUGGUAACAGUGGAGGUGCCGGUCUUGGCGUUCGUCCUCCCUCAGACUUCACGCAGGCCGCCGCCGCCGCUGUUGCCGCCGCCGCUGCCACGGCAACUGCCACCGCCACGGCAACAGUUGCAGCAAUACAGGAGAAACAGAACCAGGAGAUGAACUACGGACAGAUGGGUGGAGCAUCCUCUUACAGCACCCAGUUCCUGUCUCAUUCGGGCCCCCGCGGCCCCCCUGGGAUGAACCCUGCUGGUGGGAUGGUCUCUUCCAGGCCCGGACCUCCGCCUUCCACCGCCGGCUUGUAUCCAUCUCACCCCGCCCAGACGCAGAAGAUGCCCCAGCACGUAGGCUAUCCGGGCGGGCAGCAGGGCCUCAAACGGCCUUUCCACUCAGAAGGUUUCCCGGUGCAGCAGUACGGUUCUGGUGGGAUGUCUGGUUACCCUAACCAGCCUCUGCAGUACCCCCCCGGGCCCCAGCAGCGAUGCCCCCCCUCACCCUCUUACCCCUCCAGCCGGAUGCCUCUCAUGGGGCAAUACGCUCACUCUGGAUCACACAACCCGGCACAGUUCCCCCCCGGAGCUGGACAGCCCAACCCGCCUCAGUAUUAUAAGUCGGAGCCAUUCAACGGCCAGGGCAGCCUGCCGUCUGGAGGAGCGGGAGGAUACAAUGCCUUCACACAGGCUGCAGUCAGCGGGCCAGGUCGGGGCGGGGUGAUGCCAGGGUAUCCCAGCUCGCCGAUGGGAGGGAAUCCAACGCCUCCGAUGACACCCGGGACUUCCAUACCUCCCUACCUUUCCCCAGGACAGGACACAAAACCCCCCUACCUGCCGCCGGACACCAAACCCAACAUCAGCACCCAGCAGGCCUCUACAGGUAACCCUAGCGACGACCUGCGGCUCACUUUCCCGGUACGUGACGGCGUCGUGUUAGAGCCGUUCAGACUGGAGCACAACUUGGCCGUCAGUAAUCACGCCUUCCAGCUGAGAGACUCUGUGUAUAAAACGCUCAUGUUGAGGCCGGAUCUGGAGCUGCAGUUUAAGUGUUACCACCACGAGGACAGACAGAUGAACACUAACUGGCCCGCAUCUGUACAAGUGAGUGUUAAUGCCACUCCUUUGUCUAUCGAGAGAGGCGACAACAAAACCUCCCACAAGCCCCUGUACCUAAAGCAGGUGUGUCAACCAGGACGUAACACUGUGCAGAUCACAGUAACGGCCUGCUGCUGUUCGCACCUGUUUGUGUUACAGCUGGUCCACCGGCCGUCGGUCAGGUCUGUCCUGCAGGGUUUGAUGAAGAAGAGACUGCUGCCGGCCGAGCACUGCAUCACCAAGAUAAAGAGGAAUUUCAGCAGCGGGACGAUUCCCGGGACCCCCGGACUAAACGGAGAGGACGGAGUCGAGCAGACGGCCAUCAAAGUUUCUCUCAAGUGUCCGAUCACGUUCAGACGAAUCCAGCUGCCGGCCAGAGGUCACGACUGCAGGCACAUACAGUGUUUCGAUUUGGAGUCGUACCUGCAGCUUAAUUGUGAAAGAGGAACCUGGAGAUGUCCUGUCUGCAAUAAAACAGCUUUGCUGGAGGGGCUGGAGGUGGACCAGUACAUGCUCGGGAUUCUCGUUUACAUCCAGAAUUCGGACUACGAGGAGAUCACCAUCGACCCGGUGUGUGGCUGGAGGCCGGUGCCCGUUAAACCCGACCUGCACAUAAAAGAGGAGCCGGACGGUCCGGUGCUGAAGCGCUGCCGCACCGUCAGCCCGAGUCACAUGGUCCUGCCCAACGUGAUGGAGAUGAUCGCCGCUCUGGGGCCGGCGUCUUCUCCUUACCAGAGUCUGACAGCAGGGGGCAGAAACACCCCCGACUACAACCGGCCAGGGAGUCAGCAGGGCUUCUCCAGCCAAUCAGGAUUCACAGACUUCCCCAACACUCCCGGCACUCCGACGCUGGGAGAGUACUCCUCCUCUGGACCUCCUCCUCCUCUCUCCUACCAGUCUGAUCAGGCGCCUCACUCAGGCCGGCUCGAACACUCCCACAGCCUCCUGCAGCAGCACGGCUCCGGUGUCCAUGGUAACCAGAGCCUCGGUGACGCCGGCAGCCCGCUCCCGUCGAGGAACGCCAACUCCCAGAAUUCCCGGCUGCAGCCCGAAGGCGCCUUCGGUCUGGGAGGCCCAGGAGCACCCGGAGGAGACGGAGCCGAUCAUUCAUUAGAUCUUCUUCCUGAGCUGACCAACCCGGACGAGCUGCUGUCGUACCUCGGCCCCCCCGAUCUCCCCAACAACAGCAGCGACGACCUGCUGUCGCUGUUCGAGAACAACUGAAACAAACCUUCAGCUCUCUCUCUCUCUCUCUCUCUGCCCGUCUCUCUCCUGUCCGUUUCUGUCGUUCGCUGUAGUCCUCGCCCAGACAGCACAGCAGUGUGUGUGUGUGUGUGUGUGUGUG